GACUAGCAGGCAGGCAGAUUACUGAGGGGAGUUACUCAACACUAAACAUCAGAGUAAUAUAAACAAGCGGACAGAUCACAAAUGAACUAACACCAACAAGGAACACAGACAGAAGCUAAGACUUGAACAGAACUCAGAACAGACAUGGGCAAAACACAGAAGUACACAGACCAGGAGUAAACACUUAAGACAUGAACUAAGGCACAGGACUAGGAACACAGACAUGGAACAAAAACCCAGACUCCGCAACAAGACACACAGACUGAAACCCAGACACGCACAGGACAGGAUUGUGACAAAUGUAAGAGGGCUAACAUGCUGAGGCAUCCGCCAAACACAUCUACUUUGACUCCUGUCCCUGCCAGCUCCCAUUCAGACGACCAGCCACAUUCACUCAGAAUGGCCAGAUUCACUCAGACUGAAACAAGAAGGCAGCACCAUCCACAGCAGCCCCAGCCCGCUCACUCCAGCCUGGUUUUCACCGGACCGGGGGCACCAACGACCCAACAACCACUACUACUUAUCCCACAUCAGCACCAGUACCCUCAGAUCACAUUCCCGAAACCCAUGAACGGGUCAGAACCCAUUUCAAUUCAUCCGGAGAGCGGCAACAUGAAAGACCAAGAUGCCAUUAAGCUGUUUAUCGGGCAGAUACCGCGGAACUUGGAAGAAAAAGACCUGAAACCCCUGUUUGAACAGUUUGGGAAAAUCCACGAACUGACAGUUCUCAAGGACCGAUACACCGGCAUGCACAAAGGUUGUGCAUUUCUCACCUACUGCGCCCGAGAGUCUGCCAUCAAAGCCCAGAACGCCCUCCAUGAACAGAAAACACUGCCAGGGAUGACUCGCCCCAUCCAGGUGAAACCGGCUGACAGCGAGAGCCGUGGAGAAGACAGGAAGUUGUUUGUUGGGAUGCUGAACAAACAACAGACCGAGGAGGAUGUUUACCGCCUCUUCGAACCCUACGGAGUCAUCGAGGAGUGCACGGUCCUAAGAGGUCCUGACGGAAACAGCAAAGGUUGCGCCUUUGUCAAGUUCUCCACACAUACUGAGGCUCAGUCUGCAAUCAGUGCCCUCCACGGCAGCCAGACCAUGCCAGGUGCUUCCUCCAGCUUGGUGGUCAAGUUUGCCGACACAGACAAGGAGCGCACCAUCAGACGUAUGCAGCAGAUGGUUGGGCAGUUUGGCAUAUUCAACCCAGCCAUCGCCCUUCCCUUCAGCACCUACAGCUCUUACGCACAUGCGCUCAUGCAGCAGCAGGCAGCCAUCAUGGCAGCAAGCCACGGAGGUUACCUCACGCCUAGCGUGGCUUUCCCCGCCACACAGAUCCACCAGAUGGGGGCGCUCAACAUCAACAGCCUCCCACCCACCCCCAUGACCCCGGUGUCGGGCCUCAGUUCUCCACCAGCCAACAUCACCACCUCCGCCGUGCCCAGCAUCGUAACGCCCAUCGUCAACGGAUUCACCGGCAUCCCUCAUCAGCCCAACGGACACCCUGCUGUGGAGACUGUGUACACCAACGGCCUGCCGCCCUACUCCACCCAGAGCCCCACCGCUGCUGACACCCUCCAGCAAGCCUUCACUGGAGUACAGCAAUACACAGCAAUCUACCCAGCCACCACGCUGACUCCCAUUGGCCAGACACUGCCCCAACCACCCCAGGUCAUCCAGCAGCAGCAGCAGAGAGAAGGUGAGGGUCCGGAGGGUUGUAACCUGUUCAUCUACCACCUGCCACAAGAGUUUGGAGACAAUGAACUCAUGCAGAUGUUUCUGCCCUUCGGCACCGUCAUCUCCUCUAAGGUCUUCAUGGACCGGGCAACCAACCAGAGCAAGUGCUUCGGCUUUGUGAGCUUCGACAACCCUGCUAGUGCACAGGCAGCUAUUCAAGCCAUGAAUGGCUUUCAGAUUGGGAUGAAGAGGUUGAAAGUCCAGCUAAAGAGACCGAAGGAUGCCAGCCGCCCUUACUGACACAGCCUACCUUCAGUAUUCAUUGCAGCAGCACAGGUUUUAGAGGACACGUGAAGAUAUCUCGGAGGAGUUAAACUUUUUUUCUUUGAAAGCAAAAUAUGUUUUAAAAAAAUCGACACAUACAGAAUUUUUGAAGACAUAUCAGCAUUUACUUAUGAAGAUAUAGGUUAUGGCAGAAAAAGAAGAUAGAAGCGAAAGAGGAGGAGGCGCUUCACCGGGGGACAUUAACAGUAACAGAUGGCACAGUGCAAGGAAGACGAGAAGAAAAAAAACUGAAAAAAGAUGUGAUGAGACUGAACAACAGAACUUUUUCUUGUUGAGACUUGAAUUGUUAAUUAAGCAACAAACUAACAAACAAAAAAGCAGCAACAACAAAUAGAUUUCUAUAUACAUAUUAUAUACACAUAUAUAUAAGGAAAGAGGCGCUUGUGGCUUUUACUGUACUGGACAAAUGAGGGUUAAAACUUGAAGAUCAAGAAAACAGUGGAAAAAAGAAGCUAUUCUAUACGUCCACUGACAGACUUUCUUUCUCUUUCCCUCUUUCUCUUAUUCUCUCACCGUCUCUCUCAGCAAGUGCAGAACUAUGACUCUUGCAGGUCACUGAGGUUUCCAUUAGCAACAGUAGAACUGCAAAUCUUUCACCCCUAAGGGACCAAAGGACCAAACAUUUUUAUUGUUCUGAACAGUAAUAUAUAGUAUUAAUGAUACUAAUACUGCAAACUACUACUAAUAAUAUUACAAGUUAAACUUAAGAAGAAAUACUAGCUUCAGGU